AUGGAUGCCAUGGGCCACGGGUCUCGCUCCAAAGAUGCGCACGACAUGGCCGUGCCGGGCGAGCGGCAGGUUGCCGAAGAUGCACCGCCGCGGUCCUCCGAACGAGAUGUCUUUUUCGAUCAGGAACUGGACGCUUACUUGCAUCGACAUUGUGCCGAGCUCAAGGAGCUCUUACGAGAGUUUCUGGCCAGCAAGCACCAGCCGGCGAGCUGCCUCGGUGUUGCUUUCAGCCCGGGGACGGUCUCCGAUACGAAAUGGAUCGAACAUGUCGAGGUUACGCUCAAAAAUGCCAACGACGUCCUGCCAGAAUGCAAAGGUGUUUGCGUUUGCCAAGUCAAAGGUCAUGGAUCGGACUCCUGUUAUCUGGAUGUGGGAAGGGAUGCGGCACCUCAAUCGGCUGGAAUUCUGCGUGACAAACUCAAGGGCGACACCAUCCAGAUCUCACUUUUUGAGGAAGCACCUGUUUCCGAGAAUUUGCUGGGCAGCCUUACCUUGGACCCCGAGACAAUGCGAGCUGGACGUGCUAGCACGGUCAAGCUGCCACUGGUUUCUGGCGGUGAGGCGGAACUUCUUAUCGAAGUUGCAGAAGCCCCUUCGCCCACGGAUCAAGAGCAGAUGUCCAGAAACCAGGGCCGCAGGUGGCAGCUCCUCGACGAGAACUUGACGCAAAAAGUGGGAAUCAAAGCCGAGUCCUCCUCUGCCACAUUAGGACAGUGCCAAGAGCAACCCGAACGUGAAAACUUGGCAUUGCAGAUUGUCAAGAGCCAGUGGUUCGAUCGCCUUUGUGCCUUUCUUAUUGUCAUCAAUGCGGUGAGUAUUGGGCUUGAGGUGGAGCUCGUGGCAAACAAUGUGGUGCCUGCAUCCUCCACGGCAUUCCGCACCUCUCAGAUCCUGUUUGCUUUGCUAUUUGGUCUUGAGCUCGCCAUUCGCAUGCUGGCUUAUGGCGGUCGCUUUUUCUCAGAUCGCAUUGACAAGCCGUGGAACCUGUUUGAUGCGCUGAUCGUGUCAUUUUCCACAGCUGAGAUUGUGCUCAGCCUGUUCAUAAGGGACAGCACUGCGACCCUGUCGGUAGCGCGUUUCGCGCGAAUCAUACGAGUGGCUCGGAUCAUUCGGGUGACUCGCUUCUUCCGGCAGCUCCGAACCUUGGUUUACACCAUACUUCACACUUUGACGUCUCUUUUCUGGACCGUCCUUGUGAUGGUCAUCAUUAUCUAUCUUUUCUCUGUUGGCAUCACAGCAGCCGUCUCGGAGCACUUGCAGCGACAGCCCGAACCCACCGCGCAGAGGGAUCGACUUUGGGAAGACUUCGGCACGAUCGCCCGAACAGCUUACACUUUGUUCAAGGCAGUGUCAGGCGGCGUGAGCUGGGGAGAACCAGCUGCGGAUCUUCUUCCUGUGGGACCACUGUACUUGUUUUUGUUGUUGGUCUAUGUUAUGUUCAUGCUUUUCUGCAUGGCGAACGUGGUGACAGGUUUUUUCUGCGAGCAUGCAUUUGAGAUGGCACAAGCAGACAAAGAUCAAGUCAUUAUGGACCAGAUCCGUUUGCGGGAGGAUCAUAUUCAAGCCUUCAAAACCAUGUUCGGGCACGUGGACGUCGAAGAGGAAGAAAGCAUAACCUUUGAUCAGCUGGAAGUUCUUCUGAGUCGCGAAGACAUGCAAGCCUACUUGUCCCAUCUGGACAUCACAGUCGAGUCCACCGGGAGCAUGUUCAAACUGUUGGAUACAGAUGGCAGCGGAGAGUUGUCGAUAGAGGAGUUUGUGGAUGGCCUUUUGAGGCUGAAGGGGCAGGCGAAGACGAUUGAUCUGGUCGGCAUCAGCUACGACAUCCGGCGGCAAGCUGUUGUCAUGGCCGAGUUUAUGGAUUUCGUGGAAGAGCAGUUCGAAGAGGUUUUGGCUAGACGACCUGCCGCUGGUCUUCCAGGCAGUGCAGUGACCAACAGAAAAUCCACGCAGUCCUCUCGAAGAACCUUGUACAACAUCGGCCAGGAGGUGCCGACUGCACUGGCCUGUCUCCAUUCCCUUGCAGUGCAAGCUCUGGCGUCCGUUGGCGUGCUGCACGGCGCAUACUUGCCUAGCCGGGUGACUGAUAUCCUGGAAGCGGCUGUGGUGCGAAAGCUUGAACCAGAGCAGAAACUGCUGGAGCAGAAGACCUUAAACACUCCAAUGGGACCAGCGCUGGCAGGUGAGCUAUUGAGUGUGGCUAUUGCGGUAUGCAUGUAA